AUGUUUAGCCAGGAGGCGCUGCCCGCCGCCUCCUUCAGCCUGGGGGCCGGGAUCCUGCAGGAUGCGAGCGGCCAGUUCGGCAAAAGCAGCUACAGCAGCAGCCCCCAGCCGCCGCCUUUCUUCCCCUUCCCAGCGGUGAAAGCGGAGUACGAGCCCCCCGAGCUGCCGGCGGGGGAGACUAAGCCCUGGUGCCCUUUCCCGGGCCCAGAGCCCUGCCACCAGCCGGGCAUGGCUGGGGGGCACCAGGGCCCCCCUCUCCUGGGAAGCGGGCAGGCCCCGAAGGAAGAGCCCGGCCAGGAGAAGGGGCGCAGACAAGGCUCCCCAGAAGCGAAAUACGCCCUCCUGCCCGCGGGCCCCUACUACGCCCACCCCUGGAACAGCCCUUUCUGGCCUGCCUUGGCUGGCCACAGCGCGGCGCCGGCCCGCGGCCCCCUGCCCAGCCAGACGUUCCCGGGGGUCGGGCUUUGCCCCGGGGCCCCCCACGCCAUCUACCCCAGCGACCCGCACCAGCCCCCCAGCGGCCUCUCCAGCCUGGGCAGCAGCGGCAGCUCCAGUGGGGCGGCUAGCGAGGGAGGCCAGUCCAGUGAGAGUGGGGACGAGGACGCCACUCCCACCUCGGAGGAGCUGGAGCAGUUUGCCAAAGACCUCAAGCACAAGCGCAUCACCCUGGGGUUCACGCAGGCUGACGUGGGGAUGGCUCUGGGGACACUCUAUGGGAAGAUGUUCAGCCAGACGACGAUCUGCCGCUUUGAAGCCCUCCAGCUGAGCUUCAAGAACAUGUGCAAGCUGAAGCCGCUGCUGCAGCGCUGGCUCAACGAGGUGGAGAACAGCGACAGCCUGCAAGAGCUGUGCAAUGCAGAGCAAGUGCUGGCCCAGGCCCGGAAGAGGAAGCGCAGGACCAGCAUCGAGAACAACGUCAAGGGCACGCUAGAGAGCUUCUUCCGCAAGUGCGUAAAGCCGAGCCCCCAGCAGAUCUCGCAGAUCGCCGAGGAUCUCAACCUGGACAAAGACGUGGUGCGAGUCUGGUUCUGCAACCGGCGUCAAAAGGGCAAGCGGCUGCUGCUGCCCUUCGGCGAUGAGAACGAGGGAGCCAUGUACGACAUGAACCUGGCCCUAGCGCACCCAGCCCUGCCCGCCGCAGUGAGCUCCCAAGCCUAUGCCCCGGCCCCCCUGGCCUCGCCCCCUCCCAUCUACAUGUCGGCUUUCCACAAGGGUGAGAUCUGCCCUCAAGCUUUGCAGCCGGCAGUCUCCAUGGGGAACAGCGGCAACUGAAACUGGGGGCCGGGGGCUAUUGGGAGCUGGACGGAGGUGCCUCCUUGGCGGUGCUGCUUGGCUGGCUCCCCGGAGAGAAAAGCACCCCAGAGAUCCUGCGGCUGCUCCCCAGACGCCUGACUCGGGGAGGGGUGGGGUUCAGUGUGUUUGUUUGCUUGUUUGUGUGAGGGGGAGGGGCAGCAAAGCAGGCAGAGGGAGCGGAUCACCCUGCGCUCUGGAGCGAGUCCCCGUCCUUCCCACCGAUCUGAGUCACUCCUGCUGCGAGGCGCCUGCUUUUCCCCUCCCCCCCUUGAGUUGAUCUACCUAUCCUGCCCCUCCCCCGGGGCCGGGGCCUCGUCACUCAUUUUCAAACGACGUUUUAUCUAUUAUUAGUUUGGAGAAGGGGAAAAAAAUGAAGCCCUUUUUAGCCAUUUCUAGUUUUAAAAUGAUCCCGUCUCUGUCUCUCUCUGUUGCACCCAGCAGGGC